UUCAAGAGCUGCACUUGCCAGCAUAGGUAACAGUGAGGACGUUUCCUUAACAGGACAUUUGACAUCUUCUGUGGUUGGCCAGUCACACACAGACUCGUCUCUGAGGAGUGGAGAAAAGCUCAAGAAUCUUUUUAAUAUGAGAAUCUCGGCAAAAUGAUACUUUCCGUGUUCGUUUUUAGUCUGUCAUGUGCACUCCUAGGAGGAGCAGCUCAGGUGGCUGAACAGAAAUUGUCCUCAUAUGUUCAUCAAGAGAGUGGCAUUGUUGUGGCUAAGGUUGGGGAUGAAGUAACUCUGAAGUGUUUCUACAAUGAUUUUGCCAGAUUUUACUGGUACAAACAAGCACUGGGACAGACACCUACGCUCAUCUCUAGCUUUUACAAGUUUGACAGAAAUGGCACCUUUUACAACGAAUUCAAGAACAACCCCCGCUUCACGCUAGAUAGCGGCAGCGGCAAAAAUCACUUGACGAUAACAGAUUUGCGUGCAUCAGACUCAGCUACCUACUACUGCGCAAGUAGCUAUACCUUUAUCUUUGAAUUUAGUAGAGGAACAUUUCUCAGUGUGGGGGAUUCUGGAUUGAACGUCCAAGAUUCGGUUCAUCAGUCUUCAUUUGAGAAUCUGAUGACAGAAGGCUCUGUGACUCUGAACUGCACAGUACGCACCGGGACCUGUAAGGGAGACCACAGCGUGUACUGGUUCAGAAACUCUGAGGAAUCUCAUCCGGGAGUAAUUUACAUCCAUGGACACAGAAAUGAUCAGUGUGAGAGGAACCCCAACGCACAAACACAUACUUGUGUCUACAACUUGCCCAGGACGAAUGUGAACCACGCUGGGACCUACUACUGUGCUGUUGCUGCAUGUGGACACAUUGCGUUUGGAAACGGGACCAAGGUGGAUUUUAAGGAUGGGGACGACCUUCUUUUCAGGGUGUAUUUCUGGAGCGGGGCUUCGGCAUUCACCACCAUUCUGAGUGUUCUGCUGACUUUCUUAGUGUGCAAGAUGAGCCGGAGCAACAGCUCCCCUUAUAGAGAUUCUCAAGAAAGAUUUCCAACUUCAUCCAAAACAAAUGUUAAGGGUUACCAAAAUGGAGACUACCGUUAUUACAUUGCUUUGAGGCAGAUAAGGAUCAACAAAUCAAGGAGGCCAAGGGAUAACACGUGGAGUGAAUGUGUGUACUUUGGUGGAAAGUAGUAAAUGGGUUUUACCACACGUGAUCUUGGUAGGUACAUUUUGAAAGUGUAAUCUUGGUCAUGGUUAAGAAACCAGGACCAUUUCCUUACGUCAUUUCGUGCGGUCAGGUGUGAACUCUGCGACCGCACUCCGUCCUGAAACAAAAGAAAUCAGCUGACCUCAGAUAAAGAGAGGGGUUUCUGAUGCGACUACCCUUGGAAUUAUAUCACCAAGCUGCAUUUCACCUGAUGUUUUGUGUCUUGUGGAAGAGUUUGCACCUGAUCUUUUCGUGUUUUUCCUGGCUGCAGCAAACUUUUCUUGCUAUGCCUAUGCCCUAGAUGGAUGAUCAAUCUAAACAUGUGGUUCAUAUACAGAACCUAUGCAUACGCAACCACAGAACAACAAUGAAUGCUAGUGCCCACGCUCGUAUAUUGUUGAUUACAUUAUUUUCAAAAAUCCUAUAUUUACCAACCAUACUGUUGGAAAGAACUUUUUAUCAAUUGCCCUCUGACCACGGACUGAACCAUAAGUUGCCUUUUCAGACAUGUAGUAAACAACAGACUGUCAGCGUGAGUGACCUUCUUACUGUCGGACUUUAGAUUUUUAUGGAAGCUAGCAAGACCGUACAUGAGGACGAGGACACAUCUGUAAUGAUGAUGACUGCUUUUUUUUCUGAUUUUACUCUUGUAUGCAUUUGCAAAUAAAAGAGCGCAAAGUAACACACAGACAAGCAGAUACAAUUAAGAAGUAGGUACAUUCCAUGCAAUGUUGACCAAUACAUCCAUUCCAUGAUGUGAAUUCUCCCUACAAAACAUGGUCUGCCGGGUACAUAGACCAGGACUGCAGCUUUAAAGUGAUAUACUGUACACAAAGCUUCGUCUUACAUAUACGUAAUUAAACAAGUUUUUACAAAUA